GUCAGGUGGCUAAGGCCAGAUCAGUAGAUCAUGGUGUUCUUCAACGACACUAGUCAAGUGUUGAUGUGCCCAGGUAGCCCCGACAUCCAAAACUACGUCCGGAACCUGACCUCCUCCUACGCCGGCAAGAGCAACGAGUCGUCCGUGGUCGCCACCUCCGUCUUCAUGCUCGUCCUCGCCGCCGUCUUCUUCAACCUCAACCUCUUCAGCCGCGUCACCAACACCAGCGCCAUCCUCAACCCGACCGUCCGCCAGAUCCUCUCCUCCGCGCUCUCCCUCUUCCUCCCAGUCAUGUCGUACCUCUUCUCCGAGGCCAAGAACACCGGCGGCGAUGACUUCCCGGUGCGGGCUCGGCUCAUCCUCUCGUGGAUGCUUCUCGUGGAGCUCAUCCGCAAGAACGUUGAGGCCAUACCGACCACCGUGGCCAUGCAGAAGGGCUACGCCGGCAUCAUCGGCCAGGCCAACAGCGUCUCCUGGCUCGGCUACCUUGUCUUCUUCAACCUCAAGGGAGCCGGGCGGGUCGCCGUGUUCGGCAUCCUCUGGAUGCUCUGCGCCGCCAAGUUCGUGCAGAGGGCCGCCUACACCGAGAUAGGCAAGCGUUCGUUUGCCUACGGCAAGAACGCUCGCCUCCUCUCCUCCUACAUGGAUCAAAUGCUAGCACAACUCCGGCGACGACGGCAACAACAACAUGGAGCUUCUUCCGUUGUCGACGCAUCUGCUCAUCCGUUGGACAGGUUGAAGACAUGCGAGUACCUCGUCAUGGGGGAAGAGAACCUGGUGCUGAAGCCAGGGCCCCAUGGGUACGAGCUUGACCUCGACAAGGUCGCCAUGGAGGACGACGGCAUCGUCACCGUCGGCAAAAUAUGGCAGCUACGUCAUAACGACAAAGAGGAGAGCCCAAGGCUCAGAAGGCUAUGCCUCUCCUUCGCACUCUUCAAGCUGCUCCGUCGUCGCUUCGAGGACUUACACUUGCCGGCCAUGACCAAGGAGGAAACCGACAACUGUCGGGACCUCAUCUUUGAAGGCUUGUGCAAAUACGAUGAUGGCGCCUCAGGACGGCCAUUGUUCCAAGUGCUCAAGGACGAGAUUAGCUUCCUGAGUGAGGACCGACACUCCGUCCACCCCGUCGUGCUUGCGAGCCCCUACUUCUUCGUGAUCAACUACAUCACCUUCCCCGUCGUGGUAUUCGCCCUAUGUGUCAUGACCGUCGUCCUCUCCGGCAAUGGCAACAUCAGCUUGGCCUUCCAAAGCAUGGGGACCGACAACUAUGCCAUAUCAUCUGGCAUAUUCAAGCUGACCAAGUGCCUGUGGAGAAACUUCUUCAGAUCUCCAGCGGCCUUCUUCUCCACCGUUGACAUCUCCAUCACAUACAUCCUCUUCAUCGUUGUCGUCUACGAGCAUGUGUGGGAGUACCUGGUAUUUGUCUUCUCCAACUGGUUCAUGGUGUCACUCUUGUGCACCUACACCGCAAAGGUACGCUGGCGUCAGAGCGCCACCUAUCGCGGGUGUUUCCACCGCAUCUCGUGGAUCGGUGGCAAGCUGAGCCACCGUAGCCGUAUCCCCUUCAAGCAACUCUCUUUGCUGAGGGUGACAUGGCUUUCCAUGACGUUGCCCACUGCAUUUCUACCAAAGCAAGCAAAGUGCUCCAUAAUGGAACGCUUCCGGUCGGCGGCAUAUGGCCGUGAUGGCUGGCCGUCCCACCUUAGCAAUGGCAAAUCCGUACUAUACUCUAGGGAGCAAUUUUCACAUCUGUCAUGGUUUUGUGAGAGUGAAAGUGUAGCAGAGGUCAUCAUCACCUGGCACAUCGCCACGACCCUAUUGGAGAUGGCGUAUCCAGGAUCGGUGCAGCACAAAGGAGGCACUUCAAGACUAACUGAGACCGACGAGCAUAGGACGGUGGCAGCGAGGCUGUCCAAGUAUUGUUCUUACCUUGUGGCCUUCCAUCCGGAGCUUCUACCAGAUGACCGGGAAGGUACAGAGCGCGUGUACCAGGACAUGAAGGCCGGUCUCAAGGAGGUGCUGGGGACUUGGGACUAUUACUUUGCGCCGGAGAGGGUCCGCUACGAGAAGAUGAUGACGACGACCAACGAGAAGUUGCAUGUGAACUGCCGGGACAAUACCAUGACUAUGGUCCAGAAGGGGAUAGUGCUUGGAAAGGUGCUGAUGGAUACGAUGGACAUAAACUAUGGGGGUGUUUGGGAAUUGCUGGCCGACCUCUGGGUAGAGUUGAUUGUGUAUGUUGCACCAUCUAGUAGCGACGAGCAUGUGCAAGGGCAGGAGGAGGCGCUAGUGCAGGGUGGCGAACUUGUCACCUUGCUGUGGGCAUUGGCCACACAUACCGGCGUAACCCGGCCACCUAGAGGAUCAUCGGUUGCCAUGCCGGUCGAGGAUGCUGAGGAUGGAAUACGUCCUGAUGUAUAGGUCUAUCUUUAUACUGUGCACAUACUUGUGUUUUCACACUUGUUGUCUAUUUAUGUAAGACACUCAUGUUUGGAACAAUUUUUUCAGCAAUAA